GACAUCCAAAACUAAUACAGGUAGCGGAGGUCACCUUAAGUUUUCCAAAUAAUGGAUCUAGUACCUGAUGUUAAGGAAAAUGAUAUGGUCGGGAAAAAAGAACUGGAUGGAAAUUAUAUAUAUGGUCGUUGGGGACCAUACCAAGCAUUUCAGGCUGCCUUUGCCCUUUUCCAUAUAUGGCAAACAGGUUUUCAGCUUCUUAUAGGAGUUUUUAUCGCCUACAGACCAGGGUUCCAAUGUGCAGCUUCAAACUUCGACAACCAAUCUCUUACAAACAGUUCUAUGUACAUGAAAUACGAAAAAUGUCACGUCCAAAUAUUCCACAACGACUCAGAUGUCCUGGAUCCAAAACUAAUAGCAACAACAAAGUGUCCUAACGGUUACCGGUACACCUUAGAAAAAGACCGAACGAUCGUCACAGAGUUUGAUCUUGUCUGCGACCGAGCAAACUUAGCGGAACUUCUGCAGACGUUAGUGAUGACGGGACAGCUUGUAGGCGCAGCCUGCGCCUCGUCUCUUAGCGACAGGAUUGGAAGGAAGACCGUUCAUCUUGUCUCUAACCUUUUGACUUUGAUAUUGGGAAUUUCGGUGGCUUUUGCGUCAAAUUAUGCAACAUUAGCAAUCAUGAAAUUUAUUCUUGGCGUUUUGCAACAGGGAAUGGUCAUGUCUGGUGUAGUCUUUACCUUAGAACUCUUUCCAGAACAGGGUCGCUUUUACAGUGAAGUAAUUGGUUCCUGUGUCUGGAGCACGGGUCUCAUUAUAAUGUCUGCCAUUGCCUAUCUGUUACGGAAUCACUCCUGGAGAUACCUUCAAAUUACCCUCACCUGUUUUUCUUUUUUGAGUUUGUUUCAAUAUUGGAUUCAAGACGAAUCAUUACGAUGGCUUGUUGCCAACGGGAAAAAGAAAGAAGUGGAAAGGAUAGUACGAAAGGUAGCCAAAUGGAACAAGCUAGAUUAUGAGGAUCUCAAGAAGCAUGUGAAAAAGAAAAUGGCAUUAAAGAAUAAGGAAAAGGAAGACACGGAUAAAACAUUGCUCGACGAACAAGAACAGCUCCAAGUUGUCGAAAAAUACUCCAUCAUAACCAUUCUUAAGAACAAAUCCGUACUCGUCAUCUCCCUCCUGAUGUGUUUCACAUGGGUGACUAACACCCUAACCUACUUUGGACUGACCCUGACAGCUACCUCAUUGGCGGGAAAUCGUUUCCUUAACUUUUUCUUCAUGUCCUGUGUAGAAUACAUUUCCCUUAUUCUGGAGUACUGCAUGCUACGCCGAUUUGGUAGAAGAACUACAACAAUUUUCUUCCACUCUUUGACGGGAACAGCCUUGGCUCUUGCCACCGUGUUGAAUUACUUUUCAGAUGGAAAUAGUACACUUAUACUUCUAUCAGUUUUGGCGACCUUUGCAGGGAAGAUGUCCGUGACUGGAUCAUUUAGUGUGCUAUUUCUCUUCACUCCUGAACUAUUUCCCACAAAUCUAAGGAAUGUCGGGAUCGGGAUGUGUUCCACGUUCUCCAGGAUUGGUGCCAUGAUUUCGCCUUUUGUCGGAACUUUGGCGAGAGCUGUACCUUGGGCUCCGGGAACAAUUUUUGCAUUGAUGUGUUUCAUUGUCACAAUUAUAGCUUUAUAUUUACCGGAAACACGUGGAAUGGAUUUACCUCAGACAUUAGAUGAAGUGAAAAGGUGGUACGCAGAAAAUAGUGGACUUCGCCUGCGCAAAAGUCGGAAGAAAGACAACAGUGUAUAUGAUGAGUUUUCUGUUUCCCCAGUAGUGGCAUCAAAAACCAAGAGAAAUUUGAGAAAUGAAAAGAUUACAACGUGACAGAUAAGCCUCUUGUCAUGCAAUAUAUCAUUAUUUAGCUGGCCAUUUGUAAAUGUAUUGAUUCGUGAUAAUUUGUUCAGAAAACACCAGUACUAAUUGUGUUAAUUUACUUAAUGUAAAAUAUAGUUAUAAAGUACAUUUUUUCUUGGGAUGUCAACUGCUACAAUUUUUAUAAUAUUUUUUUGCAAAUAAAAGUACUGUUUACACAAA